AUGAGUUAUGAGUCGUUAAGCCAAAUUCUAUAUAGCGCGCCACCACUCGACGCGGCGACGCCUUCUUCUGGAAACAUCGGCGCUGGAAAAGCAUUUCGAGAUUAUGUUACGCUCAAUCGGAAACACCUCAGAGUGGAGGUGAACAAUAUUACUUGUUCGUCAGCACUGCGUGUUUGUGCCGGUGUAAGAUUAUCCCGGGGAGGUCACCAAAUUCAUUGUUUGGUUAUCAAAUCUGGUUUUGAGGAUUUUGAGUGUGUGGGGAGUUCGCUGUUGAGCUUCUAUGCUAAUUGUUACCGUAUCGGAGAUGCUAGGCGAGUAUUUGAUGAGUUACACGAGAACAAUGGAUUGUUAUGGAGCACUAUGCUUAUGGCAUAUGUCCAAUGCAAUCUCAUGAGUGAUGCGUUGAGUUUCUUUAGCAAGAUGCCGCGCCGGGGUGUUGUCGAAUGGACUACGUUGAUCUCGGGAUAUUCAAGGAGUGAUGAGGGGUGUAAGAUGGCUCUGGAAUUGUUUCAAAGGAUGCAAGUUAGUGAUGAAGCAGUCCCUAAUGAGUUAACCCUAGAUUCUGGUAUCAGGGCAUGUGGAAGACUGGGCGCUUUGCCGGAUGGAAAAUCUAUGCACGCGCUUAUCAUUAAGUUUGGUUAUGAAUAUGAACUUUCGCGUAGUGGUGCCCUUGUGGACUUCUACUGUAGUAGUGGAGUUGUUGAUGAAGCCAAACAAGUUUAUGAUACACUGGAUAAUCCGUGUUUGAACAUCUCAAACAAUUUGAUAAGAGCUCUUAUAACUUUGGGUAGGAUUAAGGAAGCAGAGAUCAUUUUUAGUGGACUAGUUGAUAGGAAUUCAGUUUCAUGUAGUUUGAUGAUCAAGGGAUAUGCAUUGCAUGGUCGACUGGAGGAUGCAAAGACCUUAUUUCUUGGAAUGCCAGAUAGAUGCUUAAAUUGCAUGAAUAUUAUGAUUCAUGUGCUUUCCAAGUCCGGGGAAGUUCAUAAUGCUUUACAUCUUUUUGAGGAAAUCAAAGCAGAGGGAAGUCCCGUGACAUGGAACUCAAUGAUUUCUGGAUAUAUUGAAAAUGAUCAACACGAAAUUGCAAUCAAACUAUAUAUAGACAUGUGUAGGCUGUCAAUACCCCGCAGUAGAUCGACAUUUUCUGCUCUGCUUCGUGCAUGCUCUUGUCUGGGUUCUCUAUUACAAGGGCAACAGAUCCAUGGUCAUUUGAUUAAAACUCCAUUUGAGUCUAUUGUUUAUGUUGGUACAGCUUUGGUGGACAUGUAUUCAAAAUGCGGAAGCAUUGGCGAUGCUCAGGCAUCAUUUACCUGCAUUGCUUGUCCUAAUGUGGCAGCUUGGACAUCUCUGAUUUGUGGGUUCGCCCAUCAUGGUCUCGGUUCUGAGGCUAUCUUACUCUUUGAGCGAAUGUUGGGACAAGGAGUGAACCCAAACUCUGCAACUUUUACUGCUGUUUUAUCUGCUUGCAAUGGUGCCGGUUUGGUCAGAGAAGGAACCAGAAUUUUUAGCUUCAUGAAACGCGAUUAUAGUAUAGCCCCCACAUUGGAGCAUUUCACUUGUGUGGUGGAUCUUCUCUGUCGAUCUGGCUUGCUGGUGGAAGCCAAUGAGCUUUUGAAGGAGGUGCCAUUCGAUGCUGAUGAAAUUCUCUUGAUUACAUUGCUAAAUUCUUGUUGGUCUUGGAUGGACAUAAAUGUGGGUGAGGAAGUAGCCGAAAAGAUGUUCACUUUGAACCCUAAGCCUGUAUCGACAUGUGUGUUGAUGUCUAACAUAUAUGCUGCAUUGGGAAAAUGGGAAGAGAAGAUUAAAGCCCAGAAACUGUUGGUAGAGAUGGAAGCCAGAAAAGAUCCUGGUUGUAGCUGGAUUGAUUUAAAUAGUCAAAUCCAUACAUUUCAUGUAAAUGAUAGAUCCCAUCCACGGUGA